AUGGUCGAUUUGGAUACAGAUCCAGAAAUACAAGAAGCGUGUCAUCAACAUAAACAGUUAUUUUUCAAAAAACAUUGUGCCGCUUCAGUAUAUUUGAAGAAAACCGAUUGGUUAGUAGUCUUGGAUGCAGAUGCCGGCAUCGCGAACCCAAAUCAUUGCUUCGAGGAAUGGAUUGAUGAUCGUGCCCAAUUAAUAUUUUACGAACGGUUUUUCAAUUGGGAAAUUGCCAGUGGAAAUUAUAUGGCUAAAAAUAGCGAUUUCUCGUACAAAUUCAUGAAGAAAUGGGCAGACUGGGAGUUUGUGCAGCCCCAGAACUGGAACGGGGCCGACAAUGGCGUGCUGCAGAUCCACAUUUUGCAAACAGUAAUCCCGGAUGCGACGCAAGAGAUUAAGAAUUGCGAUACAAUUUGGCAUCAAGGGAGAAAUUACUCGACAUAUAUGGCUUAUGUGUCAUGCUGUAAAUUGGCAUUGGGAGCGACACGGUUAUGGCCUGGUAAAGUAAGGAUUUGGAGGCGAGCCCAUGGAUGGGUUAGAGAUGGUUAUUUAACCGGUGAUAGUCUAUACCCGAUCCUUCCCGUUGCGACGCAAGUCCGAGGGGUUGGCCGCAUCGGAAAAAUAAAAUGGCGAGCGUGGAUGAGAUUCGAGAGCAGC